AUGUAAAUAAACAAAUAUGAUGUUGUAAGAAUGUCGUAAAGGGUAUUAUAUAAGUAUAUUUCGAAUAGAGGGAAAAAAAUGCCCUUUAUGCUAAAACUAACCAGUUUUAAAACAUUAACUUGGAAAUUAAAUACCGCUGAAAUAUGAACCGAAUAUUAAAUAAAAGCAAAUUCUGUUGCCCUUCGAAUUCUUCAAUCAACAAUACUGUAAAGCUAGAGAUUUUUUCAGUUCAUUUUACACGAUAUAAAUCUUAUUACACUGCUUUAGGAUUAGAUUCCAAUGCUUCACAAAAAGAUAUUAAAUCUGCUUACUAUAAACUAUCUUUAAAAUACCAUCCUGAUAAAACUGAUGGGUGCCCUGAAGCAACUGAAAAAUUUAGAGAGAUCACAGAAGCUUACGAAGUGCUGGGUAAUCCUGAAAAAAAGAGUGCGUAUGACGAAAAUAUCCGCAUUAGAGGACCAUUUCAAUAUGAUUUCAAAAAAGAUAAUUUUGGUCGACGACCUGAUCAAUAUUAUAGGACACCUCCACGGACAGGUAGAACUAGAUAUUACAAUUAUGAUGAACAUUUUAAGCAACAUUAUGAGGAAUACAUGAAACAAAGAGAAGCUGAAAAUGAAUAUUUCAGACGAAGAUGGGAAGCUGAUCGUCGAGCCCGCUAUGGCGAUGAAUAUCGUUGGCAAAAUUAUUAUAGAACAAGUCAACGGCCACCCAUAACUCUAACUUCAUUGUUACAAAAUAGGUCUUUUAUCUAUUUAUUGACAUUUUGGAUACUCAUAUUUCUCUCUGGUGCGCUCAUUGAAGACAGAGAUAAAGUGGAACGAAAAAUAAUUUAUUAUAAUGUGAAAGAUAACAAGAAAACUGAUGAUUCUGAAGACAAAUAGUUUUAUUUAAAAAAUAGUUUAUGAUUUGUACAUUGCUGUUUUGUUUUGAAAAUCAAAUGCUGAUGAAAAUUAUUAAACAAUUAAUAUUCUGUGAA